GAAAUCGUGGAAAUACAAAAAAAAAAAAAAAAUACCGGGUGAUUCAUUUAGUGAUUUUUGUUGUUUUGUUGCUACGAUGAUAUCGACAACUUGAUUAGAUUGAAAUCCCCGCUCACGUGCGUCGCCCCCCCACGCCUUCCGCCUUCCGUGUGCACAGAAUAAAAUGCAAUAAAAUGUCUUUACACUCACAAUACGAGAGCAGCAGCAGCAGCAGCAGCAAUACAAAUCCCGCUCAACAGCAGCCACAUCAGCAACACAAGCGAAAAUGUCGCUCUACAGCAACAACAACAACAAGUUGCUACACCUGCCUUCGGUCACAGAGACCGGCGAUGAUAGCACUGGCUGUUGUUGUUGCCGCCUUCGUUUGCUUACCCGCCCAGUUUGUCGGAGCACUGCAAGCCGUCUCCUCCAGCUCCAGCUCUAGCAGAUACGACAACUACUUGGGCGACAAUCGAAAGCCCGCGUUCAAGAACUGCGCCGGCUAUGCGCCAUCCGUCAAGGAGGAGCAGCCGGAGAAUACGUACGUGUUCACCGUGCAGGCAACAGACCCGGAUCCCAAUCAGGAGAUAACCUACAGCCUGGUACAGUCAGCCUUCGAUCGAGCCAAGUUCGUCAUCCAUCCGACCUCCGGCGUCAUUGUGACGGCGCACAUCUUCGACCGCGACGAGCCCAUUCACGAGAAAUUCGUCUUCGUCACGGUGCAGGCCACGGAUAACGGCCUGCCGCCGCUGGACGAUGUGUGCACCUUCAAUGUGACCAUCGAGGAUAUCAACGACAAUCCGCCUGUCUUCAACAAGGCACGCUACGACGAGUCCAUGUCCGAGAACACCAUGAUCGACGCAGUGGUCAUGUCGAUCAGUGCCAGCGACUUUGAUGAUCGCAACAACAGCAUCGUGGAGUAUGAGAUAUUGCGGGAGCGAGACUUUCAAUACUUUCGCAUCGACAGGGAGUCGGGCAUCAUCUAUCUGAGUCGGCCGAUCGACAGGCGGCCCGGUCAGACCUAUACGAUAAAUGUGCGCGCCUUUAACAUCGUGCCAGAUCCGCUGCAGGAGGCGCACAUCGAGGUGCGCAUUCGUGUGGUGGAGUCGUCGAUAAAGCCACCCUCGUUCGUCGAUCCCAUUGACGAGCCCAUCUACCUGAAGGAGAAUCUGAAGAACUUUUCGCAGCCAAUCGCAACGCUGCGCGCCGUGUCCAACAUGCCCGACAAGCCGGAGGUGAUUUUCGAGCUGAUCACGGGUCGCACCGAGCAGACGAACGGCAAGAAUACGUUCGUCUUCAACCAGAUUGGCAACGAGGUGACCAUCAAGCUGGGCAAGAGCCUCGACUACGAGGCCAUCACCGAGUACACGCUGACGAUGAGCGUGCGCAACACGUUCGAGCUGGCCGCUGAGCAUCAGAUCAAGAUCAAAGUGGAGGACGUCAACGACAACAUUCCAUUCUUUACGGAAGUCAAGUCCGGCACGAUAUUGGAGAACGAGCCGCCGGGCACGCCAGUGAUGCAGGUGCGCGCCUUCGACAUGGAUGGAACGCCGGCCAACAAUAUCAUCACCUUUGAGCUAGUCGACAAUCGUGAGAUCUUCGCCAUCGAUCCGAACUCGGGCAACAUCACGGCGCUGACCACGUUCGAUCGGGAGGAGCGAGACUUCUACAACGUGAAGGUCAGCGCCACAGAUAACUCACCAUCGAGCCUGUUCGAUAAUGGGGACCACAAUCAUGGCUACCAGGUGUUCCGCAUCUCCAUUGGCGACAAGAACGAUCACAAGCCGCAUUUCCAGAAGAUGACGUACCUGGCCGACAAACUGCUCGAGGAUGCCAACACCAACUACGAGGUGAUCGAGGUGAAGGCCGAGGACGAGGACAAUGCCUCACAGAUUGUGUACAGCAUCGAGAGCGGCAACGUGGGCGACGCCUUCAAGAUUGGCCUGAAGACUGGCAAGAUAACGGUUAAUCAGCGCCUGGACUACGAAACGGUCACCGAAUACGAGCUGAAGGUGCGAGCCUUCGAUGGCGUCUACGAUGACUUCACAACGGUGGUGGUCAAAAUAGAGGAUGUCAACGACAAUCCGCCGGUCUUCAAGGAGGAGUACAGCAAGACCAUACUGGAGGGUCCAGUUUUGUCCAACGAUUGCAUUCUCAAUAUCGAGGCCUACGAUCCGGAUAUCAAGGAUCGCAACGCUGACCAGCACAUCACCUAUUCCAUUGUCAAGGAGGACCACAGAAAGCUGCUGACCAUCGACAAUAACGGCUGCCUGCGCCUCAUCCAGCCGCUCGAUCGCGAUCCGCCCAACGGACACAAGAGCUGGCAGGUGCUGAUCUCGGCCAGCGACGAGGAUGGCGUUGGCACAUCUCUGAAGUCGGUGAAGCCAGUGAUCAUCACCUUGGAGGACAUCAACGACAAUGCGCCCUUCCUGAUCAACCAGAUGCCAGUCAUUUGGCAGGAGAAUCGUAAUCCCGGCCAGGUUGUCCAGCUGCUGGCCAACGACUAUGACGAGCCGCAGAACGGGCCGCCCUUCACCUUUGGCAUCGACAGCGAAGCGUCCAUAGACAUCAAGUCCAAGUUCAGCAUCGACAACGACUACCUCUUCGCCAACGUGCAGUUCGAUCGGGAGCAGCAGAAGGAAUACUUUAUACCCAUUCGCAUCAGCGACGCGGGCGUGCCCAAGCAGAGUUCGGUGAGCAUUCUGCAUCUGAUCAUCGGUGACGUGAACGACAAUGCCAUGUCGGAGGGCUCGUCGCGCAUCUUCAUGUACAACUACAAGGGCGAGGCGCCCGACACGGACAUUGGCCGCGUCUUUGUGGAUGACGAGGACGACUGGGAUCUGGAGGACAAGUACUUUGAAUGGAAGAGCGGCAUACCGCAUGAACAGUUCCGUCUCAAUCCCAGCACCGGCAUGAUAACCAUGCUCCAGGGCACAGAGGCCGGUGAAUACUUGCUGGAGUUCGUGGUGACCGAGGACGCGCCACAGAUACAGAAGCAUUCCGUUGAUGCCGACGUCACGGUCAUAGUGCACGAGCUGCCGGAGGAGGCGGUGGACAAGAGUGGCAGCAUACGAUUCUAUAAUAUCACCAAAGAGGAAUUCAUCAGUGUGCCCCGGGACGUAAUGGCGGACGAUGUCUUCUCGCUGAAGGAUCGGCUGCAGCACUCGCUGGCCAAGCUAUUCAACACCUCGGUCUCCAACGUGGAUGUCUUCACGGUGCUGCAGAAUGAGAACCGCACACUGGACGUACGCUAUUCCGCCCACGGCUCGCCCUACUAUGCGCCGGAGAAACUCAACGGCAUGGUGGGCCAGAGCCAACAGCGCCUGGAAGAUGAGCUGGGCCUGAAGAUGCUGAUGGUCAACAUCGACGAGUGCCUGAUCGAGAAGCUCAAGUGCGAGAGCUCCUGCACAAACGAGCUGCACAAGAGCUCCGUGCCCUACAUGAUCUACUCCAACACGACAUCCUUUGUGGGCGUCAAUGCGUUCGUCCAGGCGCAGUGCGUCUGCGAAGCGAUGCCCGCCUCCCAGCCGUGCCUCAAUGGAGGCACGCGCAGAUACGGCGAGAACGACGCCUGCGACUGCAUCGACGGCUUCACGGGCCCCCACUGCGAACUGGUCUCGGUGGGCUUCUACGGCAACGGCUAUGCCUUCUACGAGCCCGUAUCCGCUUGCGACAAUACGCGCAUCAGCCUGGAGAUUGCGCCACAGCACGAGCAAGGACUUAUCAUGUACCUGGGUCCGCUCAGCUACAAUCCGCUGCUGCCGAUCUCGGACUUUCUAUCGCUCGAGCUGGACAAGGGCUACCCGGUGCUCAGCGUGGACUACGGCUCGGGCAUGGUGCGCAUCAAGCAUCAGCACAUUCAGCUGCAGGCGGGCCGCUCCUACCAGCUGGACAUCAUACUGCAGAGGGCCAGCAUUGAGAUGACCGUCGACAACUGCCGUCUGUCCACCUGCAUGAGCCUGGGCGCUCCGCAGGGCCCCAACGAGUUCCUCAACGUCAACUCGCCCCUGCAGCUGGGCGGCACUCCCGUGGACCUGGUGCACCUGGGCCGGCAGCUCAACUGGACGCAUGUGCCCAAUCAGCAGGGCUUCUUCGGCUGCGUCCGCAAUCUGACGAUCAACGAGCGCACCUACAACCUGGGCAUGCCGUCUCUGUCCCGGAACAUCGACAGCGGCUGCCAGCGGGCGGUGGCUGUGGCGGUGAGCUUUGGCAUCGAUCGCAACUUCAUCAUAGCGAUCAUCACGUGCAUUGCGCUGCUGCUGAUCAUCCUGCUGGCCGUGGUGGUGCAGAAGAAGCAGAAGAACGGCUGGCACGAGAAGGACAUUGACGACAUUCGUGAGACGAUCAUCAACUAUGAGGACGAGGGCGGCGGCGAGCGAGACACCGACUACGAUCUAAACGUACUACGGACGCAGCCCUUCUACGAGGAGAAGCUCUACAAGGAUCCGCAUGCGCUGCAGUCGGGCAUGCGGGAUCCCAAUGACAUACCCGACAUCGGUGACUUCCUCGGCGGCAAGAAGGAGAACUGUGACCGCGACACGGGCGCCAACACCGUCGACGAUGUGCGGCACUAUGCCUACGAGGGCGACGGCAACUCGGACGGCAGCCUGUCCAGCCUGGCGUCGUGCACCGACGACGGCGAUCUCAAUUUCGAUUAUUUGUCCAACUUUGGGCCACGCUUCCGCAAGCUAGCCGAUAUGUACGGCGAGGAGCCCUCCGACACCGACUCAAAUGUGGACGACGAGCAGGGCUGGCGCAUCUGAGAGGCGUGCAAUUGGUAGCCGAACCGGAGUAGAACGAAUGGAAGAACGGUACGAAGAGAAUAGCGAGUACGAAAUUAAAAGACUUUUACGAUAAGUGUGCGUAGGGCGCCGGGACGACGGCAUAGCCGGACGGACCCCACUCGGCCUAUCGACGUGCCGUGCGCUUGAA